AUUACUCUGUUUUUCUUUUACAGUUUUGAAGAAUUCAAAGCGAUCUGUUUUUUAUUUUCCGGCAGAAAAAGGUGAGGAAGAUGGAUUCAGGGGACGGCUCUGUUUCAAAGAGGAGAACUAGACAACAAUCUUUAAAACAUAUGGUGGAGAUUGUUGAAAAGAGGAAGGAGUUGAGUCAAAGUGGGGAUUCUACAAAUGGAAGGAAAAGAAAAAAGAUGGAGACUUCUGGAGUGGAAAACAAUGGGAGGAGGAAGUUCAGCCGAGGAGCUUCUGAGUACUUAACAAAGCAGAGUUUCGUUGAGGAAGUAUCUGAUGAUGAUGAUUCAUCAUCGGAGGAAACUGUUUCUGAUCCUGAUGUUGAUGUUGAUAUUGUUGAGGAGGAGGGGGGAAGUGAUGCUGAUGUUGUUAUCAUUGCGGAGGAGGAAGAGGAGGAGUUGGAGGAGACAGAUCCUGAUGCAACCUCAUACUAUAAGUCGGAAAUCGAAUCUUCAACUGAUGCUCUUCGAAAGAAUCCGAAGAAGAUUCUUGAAGAGUCCAAAUUUCUUAAAUUCAUUGUUGAUUCAAUAAAAAAUGUCGAUGAUUGCAAAGAAGUCCCUCCUCCAGAAGAGAAGGAACAUGUUUCUGUCAAAGAAACACUUCCUUUAGUAUUCCGAUUUAAAGACGAGGAACCUCUUCCCCCUGAGAAAGAAGAAUGGGAAAAGGAAAUAGAAGAUCUUUUCUCUGAGAUGAACAUGUGCAUCUUGGAAUCAAAUAUUGGAUUUACGAAUCCAUCAGUUUCGGUGAUGCAGAGUGGAGAAUUAAGUGAAUGUCAAAUGGGGAACCACAAGCUUAAGCUAGACGAACAAAUAGGACUCCUCUGUUCAGUUUGUUCAUAUGUCCAUUUGGAGAUGAAAUACAUCUUCCCUGAUUUUGCUCGGAGAACACAAGGGAGGUACGAAAGAAAAUGCUUUGGAGAAUCCUCAUCAAUCUUGGAUGUUGACGGCUUCAAAGUUCCUGAUUCUUCAGCAGCCGAGGAGUCUCCCGUUUUUGGAGAAGGAACCGUGUGGGAUUUGGUUCCCAAAGGUUCCAAAGAUACUAUGUAUCCUCAUCAACGAGGAGGGUUCGAGUUCAUGUGGAACAACAUCGCUGGAGAUACGAAGAUUGAAAGGUUUAGAGAGCCCCUAUUGGAGAGUAAGGGAGGGUGCAUUAUCUCACACCCACCUGGAACCGGAAAAACACGACUGGCCAUAGUGUUUCUUCAGUCGUAUCUGAAGCUGUUCCCAAAGUGUCGGCCUGUAGUCAUAGCUCCGUCAAAUUUACUUCUUAACUGGGAAGCGGAGUUCCAAAAAUGGGCGAUGGAUAUUCCCUUCCACAAUUUGAACAGCAAGAACUUUUCUUUAAAGGAAGACGAAGGUACUGUUGGUGUCUUUCACUGUUUAUCCGGUGCUGCGAAAAAAAAUCCACAUCUUAUACGGAUGGUGAAGCUGAAAUCCUGGGCGAAAAGUAAGAGUGUUUUGGGAAUUAGUUACGAUUUGUUCAAGAUUCUCACAGGAGAAGAUGGAGAAAGUUAUAACAAAGAGCUUAGGGAAAUACUCCUAAAGUUUCCUAGUCUGCUGGUCCUUGAAGAGGGGCACACUGCUCGGAAUGAGCACAGCCUUGUGUGGAAAGCACUGAAGAAGGUUGAAACAGAGAAGCGCAUACUUCUUUCUGGAACUCCGUUCCAGAAUAACAUCAAAGAACUGUACAACACUCUCUGUGUAGUUAGUCCAAAGUUUGCUGCUGAUUUGGAGCAGAAAUGGGCUUCUCUUAGCAGUUCCAUUGACAAGAAUGCCCGAGCGUUGGAAGAGCUUAGGGAUAUUCUUUCACCCCUUGUCCAUAAAUGUAGCGAAAAUGUAAAGAAGGUAGGCCUUCCAGGUAUACGGGAUACAGUAAUACAUUUGAAACCCACAGAGUUGCAGAAGGAGUUACUUAAAAGAGUUCCAGAGAAUCCGGGAUCCUUUUAUGAACAAAAUCUGAUGUCUCUGAUCUCUGUUCAUCCUUCAUUAGUGGCAAAUAGGAAGGAGUUCUCUGAGUUAGAAAGUCAGCUCAAGGAAAGAAGAUGUCGGUUGGAUCCUGAUAUUGGAGUAAAAAUGAAAUUUGUUAUUGAACUGAUCAGACUAUGUGGUGGAUUGAAAGAGAGGGUUAUCAUAUUUAGCCAGUUACUUGAUCCUCUAAACCUGAUCAAGGAGCAGCUCAAUUCUCUCUUUAGCUGGACUUUAGGUCGAGAGAUUCUCUAUAUGGAUGGGAAACUUGAUGUAAACCAGCGGCAGAUAUCAAUAAAUUCUCUUAAUGACCCUAAGAGUGAUGUCAAAGUGCUUCUUGCAUCGACAAAAGCCUGCUCAGAAGGGAUAAGUCUAAUAGGGGCCUCAAGAGUGGUUUUGCUUGACGUUCUCUGGAAUCCCUCGGUAGAACAGCAAGCAAUCAGUCGAGCAUACAGGACUGGUCAGAAAAAAUUUGUUCAUGUUUACUGUCCAGUGACAUCGAAAUGGGAGGUUGACAAGAUCGAACAACAAACAAGAAAGAGAUAUCAUUCAGAUGUAAUACUGUCCAGGAAUGAAGAGAACACUUCAUGUUCUGUGUCAGAGGAUAUCAUACUAGAAUGCAUGGUUAAGCAUGACGGCCUCCGUCAUAUUUUUGAAAAGCUAUCUCAUGCACCUCGUGUGGUGCCUUCGACAUGCUUUAAUUUUGGUAGCCAACCUUCAAAAGGGAGCAGUUAGGUAGUCCGACUUGUUUUAGUGUAUUUUGUUAACUUUGUAAAAUGGCUCAAAUGUUUUAUCUCUUUCUUGUAAGGCUAGGAUGCUGUUUCUGUGAGACAUUUUCUUGUAAGCACGAUAAGGCUUGAAGGACUGAAAAACAUAAUUGUACGCCAAUUGCGGCGCCAAGAAAAAAACUAGUUGAUCAAAGUGGUAAGGUUUUGCAAUCUUCUACUUGUUGUACUGAACAAAGUCUCCAUUGAUUACUUAUUGAACCAUCUGAUUUUAUGUCACCUUCACAUAUAAUGGAGGCACGCUUCAAAAACAUGCAUCAUAUAUAUAAGCAACUUCAAUACUCUUUGAAAGUUAAUAGCUUAAAUUUAUAAUAGAAAAACAAGUCAAUAAGAGU